AUGCAGGAUCUUGGUGGUCAGACAAGCAUUCGACCGUACUGGCGAUGCUACUACGCCAACACAGCAGCCGUCAUCUUCGUCGUCGACUCCACCGAUAUCGAACGAUUACAAACCGCGGCCGAGGAGCUGGCGGCAAUGCUAAACGAGGAGGAACUCAAAGACGCGGCGCUGUUAGUCUUUGCCAACAAGCAGGACCAGCCUGGUGCAAAGGGCGCGGGUGAGAUUUCGGAAGCACUACGCCUGGGUGAGCUCCGUGACCGGAACUGGAGCAUCAUGGCGUGUUCUGCUGUUGAUGGAAGUGGAAUCAACGAGGGCAUGGACUGGCUGGUGCAAACGGUGAACCAGGAGUAA